GGGAGAGAGAGAGCAAGAGACUGUAUAAGUAAAAGCCAUAGUAGGCAGUAUUCUUAGCAACACCAAACCUCACAGGCAUAAUGGUCAAGCUACUUAGAAAUGCUGCACUCUUUCUUAUCUUCUUCACCCUUAUUAGUCUCCAGUUUGCUGCUGCCAAAAGAGGCAGCUGGUUCCGGAAAGACCUUCAAGCACCCAAAUCUCUGGGCGCACAGAGAGUAAGCCACCUUCAUUUCUACUUCCACGACACAGUCAGUGGGCAGAACCAAACUGCAGUGUCCAUAACCAGAGCUGCGCCGACAGCAAACGCUUCAGCCACCCAGUUUGGCCUUAUCAGGAUGAUGGACGACCCCCUGACGGAAGGCCCAGACCCGACUUCGAAAUUGAUAGGCAGAGCUCAAGGACUCUAUGCCUUGUCGAGCCUGCAAGAAUUGAGCCUGCUCAUGGCGGUUGAUUGCGUGUUUCUGGACGGAGAGCACAAAGGAAGCACCCUUAGUAUACUGGGAAGGAAUGCUGUUUUUCACAAGGUGAGGGAGAUGCCGGUGGUCGGAGGAACCGGCACCUUCCGUCUCGCUCGCGGCUAUGCAAUAGCGAGGACUCAUUCCUUCACUCGUCAAACUGCGGUUGUUGAGUAUAAUGUUGUGGUCAUUCAUUACUAGAACAUGUCUCGCCUUCUGCUUACUGCUGUUAGGACUUGGAAGAAGCUGCAGCAGAGCUCUAGCUGGAAUAAAUUAAGUAGAGAAUGUUAAACCAUGCAUCAAAAGCUCCUUUUUUGUCUCUAUGUAUUUUUCGUAGGCCUUGAUCUUAAUUCUUAAGCAACAAGGCCGGUUUAGUUCAUGAAGUCGUCUGUAUUUUGUGGUUCAUCUUCUAGCUGUUGCAGUACUUGCUGUUAUCUCUUAGUCUUUCUAGUGAACUGGUGUUCUUCAGUCGUGAGGAAAAUAGAAGUAUAUAUGA